CCUAGAGAUUUGGAUUCUAAAGCUUGCAUUAAUAUUGGAGACAAGAACUUUGAAGUUAAAGCUGAUGACCUGGAGCCAAUAUCAGAAUUAGGACGUGGUGCAUAUGGGGUGGUAGAGAUGAUGCGACAUAUGCCCAGUGGGCAAAUAAUGGCAGUGAAGCGAAUCCGAGCAACAGUGAAUAGCCAGGAACAGAAGAGGUUAUUGAUGGACUUGGACAUUUCUAUGAGAACAGUAGACUGUCACUUCACUGUCACGUUCUAUGGUGCACUAUUUCGAGAGGGAGAUGUCUGGAUUUGUAUGGAAUUGAUGGACACAUCACUGGACAAAUUCUACAAGCAGGUCAUUGACAGAGGCUUGACGAUUCCUGAGGAUAUCCUAGGAAAAAUAGCUGUCUCAAUUGUAAAAGCAUUAGAACACCUACAUAGUAAACUCUCUGUAAUUCACCGAGAUGUCAAGCCCUCCAAUGUACUGAUUAAUACACAGGGACAAGUGAAAAUGUGUGACUUUGGAAUUAGUGGGUACCUCGUUGAUUCUGUGGCUAAAACAAUGGAUGCUGGCUGCAAACCUUAUAUGGCACCUGAAAGGAUCAACCCAGAACUAAAUCAAAAGGGAUACAGCGUAAAAUCUGAUAUUUGGAGUCUGGGGAUUACAAUGAUUGAAUUAGCAAUCCUGCGGUUUCCAUAUGACUCCUGGGGGACGCCGUUCCAGCAGCUCAAACAGGUAGUGGAAGAACCGUCACCACAGCUCCCUGCAGACAAGUUCUCAGCUGAAUUUGUUGAUUUUACCUCACAGUGCUUAAAGAAGAAUUCCACAGAAAGACCUACAUACCCUGAGCUAAUGCAACACCACUUCUUUACCUUUCAUGAAUCCAAAGAAACAGAUGUGGCUUCUUUUGUCAAACUCAUCCUGGAAAACUGAAAAAUGGACUUGUACAUUAUUUUACCCUUUGAUGGACUGGUGGGAUUUAGGAGAAGGGGGUCAUGAUGGGGCAGCCUUCAUCACAGGAAAGCCAGGAGGAGAACUUACCAGUGGCCAUUUUCCCUUUAUUUUUUGUAAAAUCCUAAUCUCCUCCCCAUGAAGGCUUUUUUAAAGGGUUCUUUGGUAUUCAUAGUGACAUAGAAUGAACUGAUUAGUGAAAUGAAUUUUAAUAAGAUUGUCAACCAUAAACAAAAAAAUGCAGAAACAAUGAGUGAUUUAAAUGAUGAUAUUUUAGGGCUCUCUAACCAUCUUCUCAACUAGCCAUACUUAAUUUUCUGUCAAAUCAGAUUUCUUUUGUUUAUGGUAAUAGGUGCUACGGUAGUUAUGAAGUUCGAUAUAGAGUUAUAUUUUGUCCUUACUAUUAUUUUAAUAUUUAUGUUAAGCGCUUGAUUUUUAAUAGAAUCUUUGUUUUUAUGUGAGACAGUGGACAAUAAUGACAGCUAAAACAGUGAAGUUACAGAAAAGAGUAUUUAUAGUGCUUUGCUAGGAAAAGGAAUAGGAGAAGGCAUGGUCCAUGUAUGACAUGGGUGACUAAUUUAAGUUCAAAUAAGAGUUUGGUUUAUAUGUUACCUCAGCAAUGUAUGAGGAAGUCUACAUCAUUCCCUAGGAUUUGUCUGAAGAUUGUUUUGGCAAGAACAUCAGGAGGAUGCAAAAAAAUGGUUGGAUGAAAUUAUUCCAGUUGGUUUGGUUUAAAACUGCAAUCUCUAUUAUACCCUUAAGAUUAAGAUUCUAUCCCAGUAUCAGGAUCUGUGGGAUUAACAGUGGGGUUGAUGUAUUUAAAAGUUAGUGGAAAAUCAAAAGCAGGUUUAGACAUUUGAUUGUUGCUUAACUAAUGAUGAAUCACUAGGUCAUGGCCAACCAAGGAAGAAACCUGUCCAUGUUGGCUUUGUGCAUUUGAAUGAAAAAGAGACUUCAUAAAGAAGAAUGGAACUGGCGAGGCAUAGAGACAUGGGUUGCAGAAAGGGGAAAAAUCAAGACAUGAAUGAAGGUUGGUUUUGCUAGUUUUAGAUUGUUCCGAGUACACUGAGCUUGCUUUGGACACCCAGAUGUCCCAUAGUUGUCUUUUUUCCCAUCUCCUGCCCAUGUAACUUUUUUUUUCCUUACCGAAAGCUUACCUGAACAAGACCUGUCUAUAUGUCUGUCUGAAAAAAGAUAGAAUAGGAAUUACUUAAUAAGCAUUGUAUCCCUCCUCUAAUAUGAACAACAGUAACAGCAAAAACACACUGGCAGGGCUAAAAAUACUUGAUUUUUCAUUCAGGUUUGGUUGCAACUGAUUCUGUUUUGACCUACUUUAGUCAAAACCAUAUUGCAAUGACAAUUUGGGUGUCUCUCUUACUUAAUGAUACACUAUUUUUUGCUUAGGUUGUUUCAUAAAUAAGCCUGGGUCUUAUCUGAUGAAAAUAACUGCAGUUCUGCUAUGAUUUCUAUAGCAACUUUUUGUUCAAGAAGCACUUCUGUUUCCUCCAUGUGAACCCUAACAAUAUUAAUUCUCCCCAAUGGUUCAGGUGGUGUUUUGUCCAAGGUUGAUGUUUGUGCACUCCAAAUUGAGGUUGUAGCUAUAGUAGGAAUGCAGCCUACUAUAUCUGGUAUCUUCCAGGUGUGUUGGCCAAUAUGUAGUCAAUAUUUCACACAUCUGGAGAGCACCAAAUUGGGGAAGGCCAGUACAGACCGUUAGUAUUGAUAAGGUGUUUUUUUUGUCAAAGACAUUUCCAUCCUAUUUUCCAGCAGUCCAUAUUUUACAACGUAACAGAUCCUUUUUGCAGAAGUCUAUUGGAAGUGAUUCAAAAGAUGUUUAACUGCAGAGAAAACACUAAAAGGCUUCCAUUUCAUUGUGUUCUUUAAAAGCAUGGAAUGGUUUGUAACCAUUUUACAUGUUUGGUUACCUUCUUCCCCCAUAGUUGAUUCUCAGCUACUUUGAUUGAUUGUCUUCAGCUGCAGCUAAAGCUUAGCCAGCCAGUUUUUAGAACUAGUUCCAGCAUCAAUUCUCACUUUGAAAAACAUGUCAUUUAAAACCCAUUGUUGGGUUUUCCUCUAGAUGGAUCUGAUGCUUGCCAUAGAGAUUGUUUUGCUGCUUUUUUUUUU